AUGCCUACACGACAACUUGAAAUACUUCGCCUUUAUCGAGAUUUACUUCGAUACAGUCAAACAUUAAAGUAUACAGAUGUUGACUUUUAUUUAAAUAGAAUUAAACAAGAAUUUGCCAAAGGAAAACUACUACAAAAUGAACAUGAAAUUGUACGACAAAUAGAGAAAGGUCAAGAAUUUUUAAAAAAUAAACGUAUGAUUUAA